UACUUGUUGUGGGCUCACACCCACAAGAACAUUAACCCACCCCCCAAUACCAACCGGCCUUUCGUUUCUGUAAUAAUGUCAGUUAGAAGAAGCUUUAUUUGUGCAUAAAAAGAGAGAGGCAUUCUUUUAGCUUUAUCGCUCCUCUUCUUUAGCCUAUUAAGUUAUACAGAAAGAAAACAUCUCCUUAUUGACUAUGGCGGUCGUCGUCCUCAGGACAUGGGUGGUUCUUCUGAUAAUAGUUUCAGUGAGCCUUGGUGCAGAGUGGGUUCGAGCCCAGGUGCACCAUGUGGUUGGAGAUGAUCGUGGCUGGGACCCAUCUUCCGAUGUGGCUUCUUGGUCGUCCGGUAAAACUUUCAGAGUCGGAGACAAAAUUUGGUUCGCAUACUCCACUGCUCAUGGAAAAAUAGCUGAGCUCGGGACUAAGGAAGAAUUCGAGUCGUGCGAUGUCCGUAAUCCAAUCAAGCUUUACAACGACGGCUUAUUUAACAUCGUGCUGGAUGGGGAAGGGAUCCGCUACUUCGUGAGCAGCAACUUAGAGAGCUGUAAGAAAGGACUGAAGCUGCCGGUGGAGGUGAUACCUCAACAACAACCAAUUGAUGCCCCAAAAAUCAUAAGAUCAGAGGAAGCUGCCACGGCCAUUGCUGCUGGGCCCACCCCUUCUGGUUCAGCUCAUCUUGGUGCUAGCCUUGUUUUCCUUGUUGCCGGAAUUUGGCUUUAUUAUGUGUGUAUUUAGAGUGGAUUUUUUAGAAUUUAGACUUUCGCGGUAACUCUUGUUUUCUUGAUUGUCAUGAAACUAAUGUAGAAUCAUGCAAAUUUAGCCUUUGUUUGGGAAAGGUUUAUUGAAAUGGAAUUUUCUUUUUUUUUUA